AUGUGGGACGGCAGCGUACAGACGGCGGAAAUCAGAAUAGAAAGCGUGAACAAUGGCGCAUUGCGUAGUAUAUCGUCGUCCUUCCGCAUCUGCGAGCUCAUGGAUGAGAGCUCGACGACAACGUCGGCGUUCUACGGCCCAGAACGGGCGGCUCCCCCUUAUGUAAGCGGCGACCUCGCACCUCAGCCGGCUGCUGCGUGUGGUCGGCGCGCCGCCCCUGCCGCCCCCCGGCGGCCGCUGCGCUGCCGUAUUAUAGAGGCCUCCCGCGGCCGGCGCGCCCAGUCCGAUCUAGAUCCGCCAGCGAGAGUGGUCAGCUCAGCUCUUACUCUCCACUCCUCAGCCUCAGCUGACACCACGCCGCUACACUCGCGCACAGCCGCGGCCAUGACGUGGCCGCCGCCCCCGCUGCUGCUGUCACUGCUGGUGCUGCUGGCGACCUCGGCCAGCGCCCGCUUCGUCUCCACGCACGACGUCACCCCGUGCGCCGUGGAGGCGCUGGCGCCGUCGGACAAGGCGCUACUCUGCUACUACGAGGGCCGGCUGUCCGUCUACCAGCUCGACCCCUGCCUCUGCACGCACAUCGUCUUCAAGGACGCCGCCGUCGUCUCCGACAACUUCGGGCUCAAGAUCGUCUCUGACGUGUCGGGGGCGUCGCUGCUGCGCGCGCGCAGCCCCUCGCUGCGGACCGUGCUGGGCCUGCGGCUGAGCGGCGCCGUGGCGCGCGCCGCCCUCACCUCGCCGUCGCGACGCCUGGCCCUGGCCCGCGACGCCGCGCGACGCCUCUACGCGCACCACCUGGACGGCAUCGAGCUCUCCGUGGACGACGACGAAGCCGCCUCCGCCGCCGACGCCGCACCGGCCGCCACCGCGCGCCAGGGGCUGGUCACCCUGCUCAAGGCUCUCCGUACUGCCCUGGACUCUCACGGACGUGAGAAGCGGGACUACCUGGUGUCCGAGCAAGUGUUCGACGACUUCACCACCCAGGAAUACGAGCCCACAUGGUCUGACGGGUCGUCGCGCAAGUCACGCCGGCGAGCGACCACGACGACGACGACGACGUCAACGACUGAGUCCCCCGAGGAGACGGCGGCGCGCUACCUGGAGCUGGAGAGGGACGCGCAGAACGCGCAGCUGCUGCUCAGCCUGCCCACCAGGCCGGAGACCAUCGCCAAGCGAUACGAUGUCAAGAACAUUACCCGAUACGUGGACUACGUGGUGCUGCGGACGCAGGCGAUGAGGGACGACAGCGAGCGCGGCCUGGUGUACCACCCCAGCAGGCUGAUGGGUCUGGACGACAUGCUGAACGCGGACGCCGUGGUGGACCUGGUGACGAGUCUGGGCGCGUCGCCGGCGCAGCUGGUGAUCACGCUGCCGGGGCAGGCCACCGCCUUCGAGCUGCGCCGCGAGGAGCGCACCGAACCCAGGUCCCCCGCCUCCGGGGCGCCCAGGACCAUCUCACAGCCGGAGCUGUGCCGCGCGCUGUCCCGCGGCAACUGGACCCUGGAGCGGGACGAGGACCAGACGGCGCCCUACGCCUACAGUGGCCGCCGCUGGAUCGCCUUCGACGACGCGCUCAGCGCCUCCAUCAAGGGCAAGUACGCGGUGGUGCGCGGCCUGGGCGGCACGGCGGUGGACGCGGCCGACGCGCUCGACUGGCAGGGCACGUGCGGCGCGCCGGCGUCCCAGCUGCGGGCGCUGCACAGCGCGCUCGCGCAGCUGCGGCGAAGCUCCCGGGGCGCGCUGCUGCACGGGCUCGAGCAGGACCUGCACGCCGUGCCGCAGCUCGGCUUCACAGGUGAGGUGCGGCUGUCGCAGUACCGCAUCACGCGAGUCGUGGACACCGAGGGCGUGGUGCACGUGGUGCGGCGCGACGUGGAGACGCACUUCCAGUGCUCCAGGCAGGGCUACUACGCCCACCCGCUCGGUUGCAACAGGUUCUACCGGUGCGUGAAGUUCAACCAGUACGCGCGCGACUUCACGGUGUUCGAGUACGACUGCCCGGAGGGCCUGGCGUUCGACGAGCGCUGGGAGGUGUGCGUGUGGCCGGGCUCGCUGCCGCGCGGCGCGCCCUGCUCGGGGUCCUCGGAGAUCGCGCCGGUGCCGCGGCUGCGCUACUCGUGCCCGCGCGCCGAGGGCUACUACGCCGACCCCGAGAACUGCCGCUGGUUCUUCGCGUGCCUGGACCACGCGCGCGACGGCGCCACGCCGCUCACCGCCUACGAGUUCCGCUGCCCCUUCGGACUCGUCUUCGACGAGUCGCGCCUCCUCUGCGACUGGCCCUGGAAGGUCAGCGGCUGCGGCCGAGUCGGUGGCUCAUUGCUGGUGGGUGCAGGACCGACAAUCGUAUACGAGCAAGCUGACGUGGCAGCUGGGCGCCACAUCGCGCCCUAUGCCUCGCUGCCCGACUAUCUGGUUUCUGGAGGUCGUGCCGUGGGUACUGGCGAUGGAGUAGUCCUGGGAGCCACUGUAGGACUGGCUGGAGUUGCCUACGAUGCUGCUGCCCAUGGGGCAGCCGUCCACGGUGCUGUCGCAGCCAACAGGGCUGCAGCUCAAGCAGCUGCAGCAAGCCGUGCAGCCGCAGGAGCUGCAGCUCUCAAUCAGGCUGCCGCCCAAGCAGCAGCAAUCAACCAGGCUGCAGCAAUCAAUGAGGCAGCAGCACAGGCAGCAGCAUACAACCAAGCAGCAGCAGGUGCUGCAGCAGCCAAUGAAGCAGCAGCGCAGGCAGCAGCCAUCAACCAGGCAGCUGCACACUCAGUAGCAAUCAAUGAGGCAGCUGCACGGGCAGCAGCAGUCAACCAGGCAGCCACACAAGCAGCAGCAAUCAACCAGGCAGCAGCAGUCAACCAGGCAGCAGCACAGGCAGCAGCAAUCAACGAUGCAGCUGCCCGAGCAGCAGCAGCCAACCAGGCAGCAGCACAGUCAGCAGCAAUUAACCAGGCAGCAGCACAGGCAGCAGCAGUCAACCAGGCAGCAGCACAGGCAGCAGCAGUCAAUCAGGCAGCAGCACAGGCAGCAGCAGUCAACCAGGCAGCAGCACAGGCAGCAGCAAUCAACGAUGCAGCUGCACGAGCAGCAGCAGCCAAUCAGGCUGCUGCACAGUCAGCAGCAAUUAACCAGGCAGCAGUACAGGCAGCAGCAAUCAACCAGGCAGCUGCACAAGCAGCAGCCGUCAACCAGGCAGCAGCACAGAGAGCUGCAAUUAACCAGGCAGCAGCACAUGCAGCAGCAGUCAACCAGGCAGCAGCACAGGCAGCAGCAAUCAAUGAUGCAGCUGCCCGAGCAGCAGCAGCUAACCAGGCAGCAGCAAUCAAUGAAGCAGCUGCCCAAGCAGCAGCAGCCAACCAGGCAGCUCUCCAACAGUCUGCAGCUAUUGAAGCCUCAAGACGAGUUGCCGCAAAUGCUGCAGCAGCCCAGCAAGCAGCCAUCAAUGCAGCAGCUGCUGAAGAGGCAGCUAAUAGAGCAGCAGCUUACAAUGCAGCAGCUGUAAAUCAGGUCGUACUCAACCAGGCCACAGUUUAUACCCAAGCUGCAGGUCUUCACAGCUCUGCUGCCCGUAUUGCAGCCCAGAACCAGGCUGCUGCCAAUGAAGCAGCUGCCAAUGAGGGAGCUCUGAGGGCAUCAGCUUACAACCGAGCUGCUGCUGGUGCAGCAGCUGCAAAUCAGGCAGCACUCAAUCAAGCUGCAGUACAGGCUGCUGCAGCCAGAGAAGCUGCUGCACAAGCUGCAGCAGUUAACCAAGCAGCUCUGCAACAGUCUGCAGCGAUAGCAGCAUCGAGACAGGCCGCUUCCAAUGCUGCUGCACGUCAGCAGGCAAUAUUUGAAGCUUACGCACUGCGUCAAGCAGAAGCUAACAGAGCUGCUUACGAUGCUGCUGCGGCCAGUAGACUGUCGACUGGAGUGCCAGUGGUAGGUGCCGUUGUAGAUAAUGUUGCUGCCAUUGGAGCAGGGUACAAUGCAGUAGGCUACGCACCAGCCGUCAAGGGUUCUGCUGUUGUGCUAGACACACAGGCUAGACGAACUGGGCCUGCUGUUAUUGGAGUUACCACCAUAGAUGCAACAGCUGCACAGCAGGCAGCAGCCAAUGCAGCAGCAGCCCAGGAAGCAGCAGCAGUUGCUGCUGCUCAACAGUUGGCAGCACAGCAGGCAGUCGAACAGCAAGCAGCAGCACAACGAGCUGCAGCCGCAGCUCAGCAAGCGGCAGCACAGGCAGCAGCUCGACAGGCAGCUGCACAGCGUGCUGCAGCUGCUGCCGCUCGCCAAGCGGCAGCACAGAGAGCAGCUGAGGAACAGGCGGCACAGCAGGCUGCUGCAGAGGCAGCUGCUCAGCAGGCAGCUGCUCAGCAGGCAGCUGCCCAAAGAGCAGCAGCCGCCGCAGCACGUCAGGCGGCCGCACAGCGCGCAGCGGCAGCCGCCGCUCGCCAGGCGGCUGCCGAACAGGCUGCUGCACAGCAGCUAGCAGCUCAGCAAGCCGCAGCAGCUGCAGCCGCACAACAGGCUGCCGCACAACGGGUAGCUGCUCAGCAGGCAGAGGCUGCAGCUGCUCGCCAGGCGUACGCCGAACAGGCCGCCGCACAACAGGCUGCGGCAGAACAGGAGGCCGCUAUCCGGCAGGUGGCAGAACAACAGGCUGCACUACAGAGAACAGCAGCAGCUGCAGCAUCUCGCCAGGCAGAAAGACAACGAGCUUACUAUGCCUCAGCAGGAGACGGUCUCGUCGGUGGCAGUGCCUACGUUUCGCAGGUGCCAGUGGUUCCUACAGCCGCGUACACUCUCCCCGUAACGACGGUCUUCGGUCGCCGCAUUACUCCGGCUUACACUGCGUCCACAGUGGCGCCUGCGGUGGCGAUCGCUCCCGCAGCCGUAGGCGUGCGCGUUUCCACUCCCGCAACUCCUCUCCGUGCUUCGUACCUGCCACCGUCGACUGUCGCUCCAUUAUCACCGGUCAGCCAGGCCGUUCCGGUCGCUGCCGUACAGACCGUCACAGCUGCACCUGUCUAUCGACAACGGUUGCGACCGUUGCCCGCAGUAACGCCAGCACCUACCUUCGCGCAAGUGACAGGGUUAGUCACGACACCGGCACCGACCGCUUUCGAAUUCGGAGCUGUCGUGACCCCGGCACCGUCCGUCCGCUUGACACCGGUACAGAGACUGCGCCCGGUGAGCACAGUUCGCCCGGCUGUCGAACGAGUGGCAGCCGUGCGCUACUCCACUGUGGCAGCCCAAGCGGUGCCGACCGGCCGUCUCGCUCAGACCUACUCCACCGUGUCACCGGCCGUGGCCGUCGGUGGGCUCGCACAGCCGUACUCCACUGUGGUUCCGGCCGUACAGACGUAUUCCACCCCCGCGCCGGUGGCUAUCGAAAACGGAUUUGUACAAACCUACUCCACGGCAGAGCCGGCCGUGGUCGCCGUUACACCUCCGGCGAGAACGCGCCUGCGAACGAGACCCCAGCAGGUGGUGCAGACCUACACGACUCCGGUGCCCACAUUCGGAAGGGUGACGACGUACGUGGCACCGUCCGCGGGCGUCGACCUCCAGCUGCGACCCAGACAGAGACUGCGCACCUUCUCCACCGUGACCCCGGUCCCCACAGUGGCCGUGACUGGCGAGUCUCUGGCGCCGUUCUCCACGGUGGCACCAGUGCCGGUGGACGCGACGCCGGCGCUGCGUCUGCGCUCCAGGACCAAGCUGGUACAGCAGGCCUACUCCACCCCCGCGCCGACGUUCGGCGACGUGCUGGCCACCGUGACGACGGCGCCAGUGGUCGGCGUGAGGCUGGCAGCUGCGCGUGGGCAGGGCUCGCGGCAGUACGCCGCCUCCCAGGCGGCCGGCGCCAGCUAUGCUUCCGCCGCAGGAGCCAGGUCUGGAGCGGCACGCGACGAGGUGGCGAGCGCCCUGCUGGACUCGUAUCGGCCGGGACUGCUGUCCGGAAGCGACGACUUCGUGGCCCAGACCAUCGCCAAACUGUCGCGUACAGGCGGUGUGACGUCGACGACGGCGGCCCCCGCGCCAGUGCUGACAACGACGCUGAGGCCGGCGGCUGCUGCGGCGGCGUCCGUGGAGGAUGGCGGCGUGAGGCGCGCGGGCAGCCUGCCUCCCGACACGCCGGUCGUCGUGGUGAGCCGCGUCAGCGACGCCAACCCGCUGCUCGUCGCCAAGCUGGGCGCGCAGUGCGUCUGCAGGGAACCACAGGUGCGCCUGCGCGGCCCAGCGCGCUUCGCCGCGACGGGCCAGUCAGCCUCUGCAGCAGCCGCAGGCCUCCCGCUGGCGGUGACGUCAGCCCCCGCCGCCGUCGUGUCGGUGACGCCGGCCACGCGGCUCUUCACGGCCGCCGCCCCCGCACUGCCUGCCCGCGUCGUCACGGCCGCCCCCGUGCUGGCCGCGGUGCCC